CAAUAAGAUUGGAAGACAGAUUGAAGAGCUUCAAUUGGUCGAAAGCUUUGGCGGCCACAGUUGGAAAUUCGCUGAGGAAAUUUGCUGACAAGUCAAGUUCUUCAACGUGUUGAGCUCCUGUUGAAAUAAAAAGUGCUACAACCAUGACCGUAAUCUCCCGCCUACAGAAAUACCUGUUAACCGGCCUCAGCAUCUGUGGCGGCGCUGUUAUAACGCACUACGGCCUUAACCAGAAUCAAGACCACAGAGCCUACACGGCAUGGACCACCAACUACGUCCCCGAAGUGAAAUGGGAUCACAACUGGGACAAACGGGAGCCUGAGUCCCUCGUCAAACCGCCGAAAAACGGGAAACCGGUCGACGAGAAUGCCUACAACGAAAUGAUCGAGCAGAAAAAGUCCAAAGCCGUGAGGCAUUUGAUUCUGAUCAGGCAUGGUCAGUAUAAUUUGUCGGGGAAGGUUGACAAGGAAAGGGUGCUCACGGAGCUGGGACGAAAUCAGGCCACGGAGACUGGGAAACGACUGAAGCUGUUGGAUUUUCCAUAUACCAGGAUUAUUAGGUCGACCCUGACGAGGGCCCAGGAGACCGGGGCGUUGAUAGCGAAGGAACUGCCAGGGGUGGAGGUCACUGAUGACAGUCUACUGGAGGAGGGGUCCCCCAUACCUGUCGAGCCUCCAGUCGGCCACUGGAAACCGGAGGCAUCCUAUACAUUCCAGGACGGCCCUCGUAUCGAAGCCGCCUUCCGCAAGUACUUCCACCGAGCCCGUCCCGACCAGACCGAGGACAGCUAUGACGUCAUCGUGUGUCAUGGCAACGUGAUCCGCUACUUUGUGUGUCGCGCGCUACAAUUCCCGGCCGACGCGUGGCUACGCUUCUCCAUCUUCCAUGGCAGCAUCACUUGUAUCAGCAUAGGUGCUAGUGGACGCGUCGUGCUCAGGACAUACAGUGAUGCCGGUCAUAUGCCGCCUGCAUAUCUGACCACUAGCUAAGAUAUCUCCGACAGUUCAACUUCUAAAUCGAUGUCUGAUGCAAUUUUAUCCACUCGCAACGUGUAAGAUAAAGCCCGUUAAACUGUUCACCAUGAAACAUCUAAAAAACUAACCAAUUUGGAAGAAACAAAUUUGAAUUAAAAACUACUUGGGUGAGUGAAGAGUGAUAAAAUUAUCAUUUUACUAUAUUUUCUCUUUGUUUUUUUUUUUUUUGUCAAGCAAAACUAUUUCAAUUCAUUUUUGUGAUACUCUGUGCUAGGAAAAUAUUCAAUUAUGAUGAAUCCAUGAAAGUUGUUUAUGUAUUACUACAGUAUCUAUGUUAUUAAAAUAUAUAUUUAUAAUCCUUGUGAUUCAUCUUAGGUGUUGUUUCAUAUGAUUUUUGUAAUAAAAAUGCAUUUAAUAGCUCUCCUUAUCUCAUCUGAAAACAAACGUAUCUGCUAUCUCUCUUUUUGUCAAUUUUUAUCAAUGUUUGAACACAUUUCUAUCUUUUCAUGGUAAUGUUGUUGAUGUAUUACUACAGUAUCUUUGUUAUUAAAAUAUAUAUUUAUAAUCCUUGUGAUUCAUCUUAGGUGUUGUUUCAUAUGAUUUUUGUAAUAAAAAUGCAUUUAAUAGGUCUUCUGAAAUGAAAUCUCAUCUGAAAACAAUCGCCUAUGCUAUCAUUAUUUUUGUCAAUUUUUAUCAAUGUUUGAAUACAUAUCUAUCUUUUCAUGAUAAUGCUAACCCUUCCAAUGGCAUUUGAAAGCUGAUUGUUUAGUAUGUGAAUUUUCAAUUUCAACUUUUUUAAAUCUCAGGUACUGUACUUAUUUAUUGAUUAAUAAUUGUUGUAAUUCAAUUAUUAUAUUCCAAUGUAUUUUAUAAAUAAGGCACCGUACUUUGGUACACAAUUCAAUACAUUCGAAUGUGUUAUUCCGAUUUGAACUCCAUUUUAUAAAGCUGCGUUUACACCAAAAUUUAAAUAACUUAAUCCUUAUAGAUUCUAUUAGAUUGAACGGAACUUGACAAACACAUAUGUUCAUCAUGUGCAUGAUAAGUUAUGUUCAAUCUAAAAGAAUCUAUAAGGAUUAAGUUAUCAACAUUUUGUUAAUAACUUUGGUGUAAAUGCAGCUUAAGCGUUCCCAAUUUAGUACUGUAUUUUUAGAACUUUAAAAUCAGUGAUUUAUGUCAACUUUCAACUUGAAUGGAUAUAUCUGUAGAAUGUGAGUUAUUAAUAACAAUAGUCUAUAGUUUCUAUCGAAAAUAAUUUCCAGAUUAUUAUUCAUAGCAUUUAUUAUUAUUUUAAUUAAAUUCUAGAACAAUAUUGUGCUAACUCUUAGCUUUAAUUAAUAUUGAAACAUAAAUGUUCAUAGUAAUAAGUAUUGUGCUUUUAUAUUGUACUUGAAUAAUUUUGUAAUAAAAUUGUUCUUCAUUU